AUGUCGAUAGACGACCAAGCUCGCUCUGGACGUCCUUCGACGGCGCAAACAAACGAAAAUGUAGAAAAAAUUCACAAAAUUAUCCUGGAAGAUAGACGGCAAACCAUCGAAGAAGUAGUGGAGAGAUCUGGUGUGACAUGGAGUUCAGUACGGAGAAUUUUAAGUGAAGAUUUGGGGAUGAGACGGGUGGCUGCAAAAUUUGUUCCUCGACUGCUAACUGAGCAGCAAAAACAAGGCCGCGUGGAAUCAUGCUCUUCUUUGAAAGAAGAAUUCCAAAAUUACCUAAACUUCUUUUCCAAGGUCAUUACAGGUGACGAAUCAUGGUGCUAUGGAUAUGNCAUUAAGACAAUGCUCAUUUGUUUUUUUGAUGUGAGAGGAGUCGUCCAUUCGGAGUUUGUUCCACCUGGUCAGACAGUUAACCAGGCAUUUUACCUAGAGGUGUUAAAAAGAUUACGCAACAGUUUGAGGCGAAAAAGACCUGAUUUGUGGCAGUCAGGAAACUGGUUUUUUCAUUAUGACAAUGCUCCUGCUCACACAGCCCUUUCUGUACGGCGGUUUUUGACCAAAAAUGAUAUGACCACUGUGUCCCAUCCACCCUACUCACCCGACCUGUCUCCCUGCGACUUCUUUUUAUUCCCCAGAAUGAAAAGGAACAUGGAAGGAAAGCGUUUCGCGGACAUUGAUGAAGUUAAAAAAAAAACUAUGGAGGCGUUGGCAGGCAUCACAAAAGUUGAGUUUAAAAAUGUUUUUUGUAAAAAAAAAUAUAUAAAUAACUUUGUACAAAAAUAGUUCGGUUUUUUUUGGGUACACCCUCGUAUAUAUACACAAAAAUUUUAAAUACUGUUACUAUGAUAACAAGUAACUCAGUUUUUCCUAAAAAUCGAAAUUUUAAAAAUUUUUAUUUUAAGGAUUUCACUGUUUUUUGAAUCUAUAUAAUCCGCAGAUGUCAUUUAGGACAUUUUUAGUGAUAAUUUACUUGGUGUACAUUAAAAAAAAAAAUUAACAAAAUUCAAAGAAUUAAAAUAGUAACCUUAUUUUAAUAAUUAUAUAUAUAUAAAAAAAAAUUAAUAUAAUAUAAGAACGACAAACUUUGUUCUUAGAAAUUAUAUUUAAAAAAAUAUAUAUAUUUUGUGCCUUUAUCAGUUGUAUCAAUAAUUGGAAUAUGUUCUAUCAAAACCCAAAAAUCAGUAACAUGAUUAACUAACUCUAAAACUUUAGCACCAUCAAAAAUGCCAGCUUCUAUCAUUUCUUUUCAAGCAUUUGCAGAAAUUAGAUACUGGACACCCGUGUCCCGUAUCUAAUUUCUUAAUGGUGAAAUAAUUUACCCGGGUGGGCGAAUUAUUUCUUUCUCCUAAGUGUCCAACUAGUCUAGGCUGGGUGUCCAUUUGGACUCAUACAACAUACUUUACACACAAAAAAACUGUGUACGUCUUUUUUCAUAUAACUUUUUGUCAAACUUAAUAAAAUUUCAUAAUAUUAGCACUUGAUGUUCUUGUGAAAACUUACCGACAUUCGUAAAUCCGAAACGAAACGUUUGGCAUUUACCAAUCUUAUACUAUAUAUAUAUAUUUUUAUUUUUAUUUUCAAAUACGAGUUUAAACUGGCGGAUUGUUAUGUAUUUGAACGAUCAAGAGUCGAUAACUUCCUAUUCGAUGGUCGAAACGUAGAAAUCGUAAACGUUUGUUAUGCCCGUGAACGACCAAGUUCAAAAACGAAUUUACGGUGUAAAAAAAUAAGGAGAAAAAGAACCGCUUUGCGUGCAUCGGUUUUCGACGCGCGUGUGCCGUCUCGCCAACGCGUGGGCGCUGAACGGAGUCGACGACGGCUCGUUCCUGAAAAUCGCGUCACGGCCGUAACGAUUGCGGCCGGUAGACAUCGGAGAUACGGUGGCGCUGAAUGGCCGAGAUUACGCCGCGCGCCUCGUAAAAGCAAUGAAAAACCCCGGUUAAUGGACGCCGUAAAUGUUGAUCGGGGGACCGGCGCGGUACGGCGUGGCGCUGUUUUUCUCGGGCGGCUUUUUAUUGCGCUAUCGCCGGGGUGGUAGGGGCACAAAACAUCUCUCUUUCUCUCUGUCUAUAUAUAUAUGGAUGUAUUAGGAUUGUUCCAGCGCAGUAUUUUUCCAUGUUGUAAACUUCCGGCGCAUGCGCAAACCCAAAGACGCGUUCCAGCAGAGCAAAUUAUUUACUUCUAACAGUAUGUUAUCUGUUCCAUCAGCACUGCGACCGAUGUUAUUAAGUUGUUGGAAACACUAA